AGUCAUAGACGAGAGCAGAACCGUCUUGUAACGUCAAGCGUGCCAACUGUCGUGAAAGCACAUUGACGCAGAAAGAAGCCAGAAGGACGCUAAUAAGUCAGUCUUAUUAUUUGUUCUCCAGUUUGAAAUACAUCUUUGAGUCUUUAUUUAAGGAUAGAAGCGUCUCGAUGCGCUAGAAGCACUUUGCUGCUUCUCGUGCUCGUUUCUUGUUAGUUAGCUUAGCUCGCUAGUUAGCUUAGCUUGUUAGCUGCUAACAGAAGUUAACAACACAUCGCUAAGUAGAGAUCAAGUGUGAGAGUAAAGUGUUGUGAUUGUGUGAAAAUGUCUACAUUACACAUGUUGAGAGCGUUGGUGGAUCAGCGACUAACUGCUGCCGUUGACGAAAUAUUUGUAGUGUUAGAAAGAACGAUAGCACAAUACCAGGCGGAACUUUCUACAACAAAAGAGGAGCACAAUCAACUAAUGGACGCUGUUUUCAAGAAACAUCAAGUUGUGUUACACAGAACAGACGUUCAGCAACCCCCUCACAUUAAAGAGGAAGAGGAGGAUCCACAGCCCACCCACAUGAAAGAGGAAGAGGAGGAUCCACAGCCCACCCACAUGAAAGAAGAGGAAGAUCCACACAUGAAAGAGGAAGAGGAGGGAGAGUGUGUUGUAGGGCAGGAGGAGGAUGAUGUCAGCAAGUUUCCACUGACUGUUGUCUCUGUGAAGACUGAAGAGCAUGAAGACAAAGCACCUGAGUCCUCACAGCUUCAUCACAGUCCAAACGUCCAGCAGCCCCUUCACAUUAAAGAGGAAGAGGAGGAUCCACAGCCCAACCACAUUAAAAAGGAAGAGGAGGAUCCACAGCCCACCCACAUUAAAGAGGAAGAGGGUGAUCCACAGCCCACCCACAUUAAAGAGGAAGAGGAUGAUCCACAGCCCACCAACAUUAAGGAGGAAGACGAGGAUCCACAGCCCACCCACAUUAAAGAGGAGGAGGAGGAUCCACAGCCCCCCCACAUGAAAGAGGAGGGAGAGUGUGUUGUAGGGCAGGAGGAGGAUGAUGUCAGCAAGUUUCCACUGACUGUUGUCUCUGUGAAGACUGAAGAGCAUGAAGACAAAGCACCUGAGUCCUCACAGCUUCAUCACAGUCCAAACGUCCAGCAGCCCCUUCACAUUAAAGAGGAAGAGGAGGAUCCACAGCCCAACCACAUUAAAAAGGAAGAGGAGGAUCCACAGCCCACCCACAUUAAAGAGGAAGAGGAUGAUCCACAGCCCACCAACAUUAAAGAGGAAGACGAGGAUCCACAGCCCACCCACAUUAAAGAGGAGGAGGAGGAUCCACAGCCCCCCCACAUGAAAGAGGAGGGAGAGUGUGUUGUAGGGCAGGAGGAGGAUGAUGUCAUGACUGUUGUCUCUGUGAAGACUGAAGAGCAUGAAGACAAAGCACGUGAGUCCUCACAGCUUCAUCACAGUCCAAACGUCCAGCGGGUGUCAGCGGGGAGUCAUGAAGAGGAGUGGCACACCAGUGUGGGACAGAAGGAGCUACAGGCCCCCUCCCACAUUAAAGAGGAGCAGCUUCAUGAUGAAGAUGAAGCUCAGUCCUUACAGCUUCAUCACAGUCAAAGUGAGGAGAACAGAGGGGCGGAGCUUGUAAGUCAACACAUCACAGAAGCUGAUGGAGAGCAUUGUGAAGAUAUAAAGUCAGAACCAGACAGCAUCUUUGCUCCACUGUCAGACAUGGACCACAUGAUGUCACACUCUUCUGAUCACAGUGACCACAUCCAAAAACCUUUGGAGAGUCAAAAUGACUCUAAAGGUGAUACGAGACAUCACACUAACAACAAACACUUUGACUGCUCUCAAUGUGGGAAAUCAUUUAGACACAAGAGGGAUUUUACAGUACACAUGAGAAUACAUACUGGAGAGAAACCUUUUAAUUGCUCUGUUUGUAAGAAGAGUUUCUCCAGAAAGGGUGACAUGACCACACACAUGAGAACACACACUGGAGAGAAACCUUUUCUUUGCUCUGUUUGUAAGAAGAGUUUCUCCAAAAAGGGUGACAUGACCACACACAUGAGAACACACACUGGAGAGAAACAUUUUACUUGUUCUGUUUGUAAGAAGAGUUUCUGCAGAAAGGACCACAUGACCACACACAUGAGAACACACACUGGAGAGAAACCUUUUACUUGCUCUGUUUGUAAGAAGAGUUUCUCCAAAAAGGGUGACAUGACCACACACAUGAGAACACACACUGGAGAGAAACAUUUUACUUGUUCUGUUUGUAAGAAGAGUUUCUGCAGAAAGGAACACAUGACCACACACAUGAGAAUACACACUGGAGAGAAACCUUUUAUUUGCUCAGCUUGUGCUAAAAGAUUCAACACUAAGAGGGAAAUGAUAUUGCACAUGAGAACACACACUGGUGAGAAACCUUUUACUUGCUCUGUUUGUAAGAAGAAUUUCUCCAGAAAGGAACACAUGACCAGACACUUGAAAACACACACUGGAGAGAAACCUUUUCUUUGCUCUGUUUGUAAGAAGAGUUUCUCUACAAAGCAUCGCAUGACCACACACAUGAGAACACACACUGGAGAGAAACCUUUUCAUUGCUCUGUUUGUAAGAAGAGUUUCUCCAGAAAGGAAUUCAUGACCACACACAUGAGAACACAUACUGGAGAGAAACCGUUUAGUUGCACUGCGUGUGUUAAAAGGUUCAGGUUAAAGAAUCAGGUGAGUAAACACAAGUGUGUAACAGUCAUGGAAGCUGCAGGGAUUUAAAAACACUUAAACAGUGAUUGUGCUAAAUGUAGUUUAAAAACACAGCAUGUUUAAACCAAAUAUGUGUUAUAUGUGUUUUAUGUCGCACGUUUGCACCAAGAAAAAUUCCUAGUUUGUGAACCCGUUCUCAAAAAAUGGCAAUAAAACGAUUCUGAUUCUGAUUCUAAUAUGAAUGUAUAUUUGAAGUUGUAUGUAGUGCUUCUCAUCUUCUAGUCUUAUAUGUUGUCCUGUACUUACUGUUUAAGUUGUGUGCAUGUAUUGAAUAUUAUAUAUGUAGCUACUAUUUUAUUUUAUUUUAUCAUCGUUGAAGAGAGGACAUCUUAUUUUCAUGAGAUUUUUUUUUGUGUCUUAUAAAAUCCAUUGUUUCCAUUG